UUGGCGCCGAGCCACGUGGUUUGGUUCCUGGGAAUGAGUUUACCAUUAUAACUUAAGUAAAGUUUCUGUGAUGUUUUGAUCAGUAGGAGAGUAAAAUAGUUAGCCCGAGGAUAGCAUAUUAUAUAUUCCAAGUAGUGAAGUACGGCUUCGUAGUUUCUGAAUCCGUUUAGAAAUCACGUAGUCGUAGUCGUACUCAUACCAGAAAAAGGUCGGCGUGACAUGUUGAGGUAGAACAUUAGAAAUCCAAUCCAUCUUCUAGAUAGAGGUGUCCACUUUGACCAACAGAAAUAUGGAUGUGGAUCACGAAUUAAAAUGUCCGAUCUGUUUGGAUCUGUUCACCCAUCCCAUUAUUCUACCCUGUUCUCAUGUUCUAUGCCGUAGACCAUGUGCCGAAAACAUAUUUGACUACAAUUUUAUUCGUUGCCCUGUGUGUCGAGACAGUUGUUAUGUUAGUGGCGGAAUCAGUAGUCUACCAAGAGUUAUUGCCCUUGAGAACAUCAUCGAGAAAGUGCAAGCGGAACGAGACCGCGAAACAUUGGUCACUUGUGAUGCCAGUAUAGAAACAGAUGACAAUUAUUUUUGUCAACUUUGCGAAAAGCCUCCCAGACGCGCUAAAAGGUCGUGCCUGGAUUGUAAUCUGUUGUUUUGUAUUCCGUGUUUUCGUGAGUCACAUCCUCCAAAUAAGGAGCCAUUUAACACGCAUAAGAUCGUGGAACCCAAGAACGAUCUUCAACCAGAGGCUCUAUGUCCAGAACACGGUGAACAGUUAAGUUUAUAUUGUAUGUCAUGCAGACGUUUAUUUUGUUUGGCGUGUGAGGAAAAUGACAACCAUAGAGAUCACUCUGUUCUGUCUUUACAAGAAGCAUCAACUAUACUCAGGCAAAGUUUAAAUCAGAACAUGAAGAGAUUAGAUGAUUGUCAAUGUCAGUUAAAGACAAAUGUUAAAAUAGAAAAAGAUCAUAUAAAAGACUUACAGCAAACUAUGAUCAGAAAAAGAGCUCAAAUAAACAAAGAAUGUGAUACGCUGCUGGCAGAAGUAGAGAAUAAACGGGCUUUUUUUCUCGCUGACUUGGAAUAUGAUGAAAGAGUGCGACUAAAUGAUAAAGAGGAAAGCAUGAAAAUGAUGGAGAAAAUUCUAGACUCGGCAGAUAGUUUGAAAGGUUUCACAAAAGAGAACAUGUCCAAAAAUACCACAGGUUUUCUAGAGGUAGCUGCAGCAAUGAAUGAAAGAGUUAGAAAGACAGUAGCAGAUGGUGAAAGAUGUCGAGUUCAAACAAUGGAUUUAGUUACAAUAAAUAAUAAAGUUGUAGAUUUUAGAAACGAAAGGGCUGUGUUACGUGAUGUUCACUAUUUAACAGUGCCAUCCACACCAGUUUUAGAAGUGAAUCAGUGCUGUAGAAGUGAGACUACAGUAGCCCUGGGUAUUUUACCUCAUACUAACUCACAAGAUGUUGUCGAUUAUUUCGAGUCUCAUUAUUGUUCGGAAGAACAGAAGGGUAUGGGUAUUGAGGAUGUUCUGUUGUUACGGAACUGUCACGAAGAAAGACCCAUAGCUAAAAAUAUGCCAAAUGGUGCUAGUUCAUUGGUUUUCUUGUAUGAGAAUUUGAUGCCGUCAACAACCUAUUUUUUCUGUGUUAGUGCAUCCAAUAAAGCGGGUAAAAGUUCCAAUUCGGAGGUCAUUCAGUGUGUGACAUUGUCUACUAAUGACUGUACUGUGCCUAUGCCAAUUAUCUUACAGAAUCUUUGUAAAUCAUUUACAUCGUCCAUUCAGAUCUUCAGUUCCAGUCCUCUAGAUGUCGCUAGUGAGCAGAACAUAUCACACUAUCUACUCUACAGACCUCUCGGACAAAACAGGAUAUGGCGUAGUGUCUGUCUAUAUGGUCGUCAAGAACAUAGAGCAUUCGGUCUCGCACCAAACACAGAGUACGAAUUUAUCAUUAUGGCCUGUAAUCUGAUUGGCGAAUGUCAGUUAUCCUCUCGAGUUACGCUGAAAACUGACCAAUCGGCUUUCUACACAUGAUUUUUCAUCAUGGCCUGUAAUCUGAUUGGUGAAAGUCAGUUUUCCUCUCAAGUUAUGCUGAAAACUGACCAAUCGGCUUUCUACACAUGAUUUAUUGUUAUGGCUUGUACCGGUAAAUCUGAUUAGUGAAUGUCAGAUAGCCUUUCUGAAAACUGACCAAUCAGCUUUCUUAGCUUGAUUUAACUAAACUUGGUUAUUUAUAUUUAAAUGUGGUUGUGAAGAUUUUUGGACAAUUUAAAAGAUUUUCAAGCUUUAGACAUUUAAAAGUUUUUAUUAUGUUAUUUUUGCUUUAAUAUUUUUCCCAAUAGAUAAAAACGAAAGUAGAUUGACCAGAUUAGACAAGUUGAUAGUAAUGAUCUUUUAUGUAUGAAUGUACAUACAGUGAAUGAAUAUACAUGCUUGUUUGUAUGCACAUGUACGUAUUUACAUGUUUUUCGAGAUGUUUUGGAUAAUUAAUAGAUUUUUGUGAAUAUUAAAAUAAUUUUAAGCUUUAGAUAUUUAAAAAAUAUUUAUCAUUGUUUUUUUGCUUAAAUAUUUUUCAAAACAGAUAAAAACGAAAGUAGAUUGACCAACAAGAUGACAGUAAUAUUCUGUUCAGUGCAAUGAUGUGUAUGUAAGUGUAUUCAGAGCUCGGUAGACUAGAUUAAGAUGUUGAGAAAAGAAUAUUACAUUUAUAGGUUGAUACUUUUAUAACACAAAUUAUAUUUGGAAUAAGCAACUUUUAUAAUAUAAGUUAUAUUGGGAAUAAGCAACUUUUUUAUUUAAAUAUUGGUGGGUUUUUUUAAAUUAUGUAAUUAAAUAUGUUAUUAGUGUUCCAAGCUGAUAUUUUAGGCCAUAUGUAUUCUGAUUUCAUAUGCUGUCCAUAUUAAUUUUUAUCUGAAUACCACUAAGCGCUGUCAGUAAAAAGCAAGUGGUUACCAUGCAAGAUACGCCCACAUUUUGCAAGAAAUGGACAGAGAACGAGUUUAAUACGUGAUUUUUCCUACAAUCAGGGGAUAUAACCCAGGAAGUUACAGUCUGAUAUGUGUCAAUAUCAACAGGAACCAAAAUCGUUGGGUUAUAAACAUCAAAAUGAGAUAAAAAAAAUGUGACAUCUAAAGUGUCCACAAGCUAACGAUAUAAUCAAUCAAGCUAUAGUCCGAUACAUGCCAAUAUCAAAAGGAACCACCGAGACCUUUGGAAGAUAAAUCUAUAUUUUAAGUUUUGUCAAAAUCGGAUAAAAAUUGUGACCUGUAGAGUGUCCACAAACAAAAUGUGGAAGGACAGGGAUGCUGACAAUAUGUCCACAUGAAAAUUUGUUACAAUUCUUUUUUUUUUACUUCGGUAACUAACCUAUCACUUUUAAUUAAACACCCUUAAAUUGUUUUGCUCCUUAUUUUGAUCCAUAUGAAUAUUGAAAUAUAAAACAGUUUUAUCUUUAUUUUUUUGACUUCGGCAGGACUAAAAAUUCUCGUCUUAAAAUUCUCAAUUAUUCGCUGAUCCUGUUGUUGUCUUGGUGAAUAGAAUGGUAUUACCCAAAUUGCAAUAAGUAUCGUAUCGUGACUGCUGUGGCAAAACCCAGCACUACCUGCAACAUACACAUACCAUUACAAAAUGGAAUUCCUUGCAUAUUAAAGCCAUAAUUAUUUAUAUUUAUUAUAUCAAGAGAUUUAUUUGUAUCAUAUUGUCUAUACGCAUGUUGUGUUAUAAAAUUCUUAAAGAUGCAUUAUGUAACAUUUAGAUAAAGAGCUAAUUAAAAACUAGAUAAUGAAAAAGGAAUUUCUUGAAAAUUUCAGUCAAAUCACUGAGGGCUCUUUGGAAAAUAACAGAAUCUUGAUUGUCAUGGCUACCGUUGUUGUGAUGGUAAACAAAGUCUCGAUUAUCUAUUUUUUAGUUAAAUCUGUUGAAAAUCUUGAGCAUCCAAUGGCAUCGAGAGUUGAUUAUGGUCUUAGCAAGUUAAUAAAUGAUUAAGUAAUAAUUUACAUAACAUUCAAGGCCUAAAGAAAGACCUGUAAUGGGCAGAUUUAGUUCUUGCAUAAUGCUUCUUUAAUCUAACAUUUGUUGAAAGUUAUUUUUACAGCUUAUCUGAAGUUGUAAAUUUAAAAUUUUAACAAUGUUCAAUUUUCAUGUAUAUUCCUGUAUAUAAAUUAUAUAGUCUUUAUUAUCUUUCCUUCUUUCUUUAGAAAUAUUUUUAUUUCUUCUUAACAAUUUUGUAAUUAUCAGAAAUGUGUGACAAAAAAAAUAUUAGAAAGAUAAGAGAGAGAGAUGGGGUUUAACUCCAUUCGACACAAACUAGGUCAUUUCGUAACUAACAUACUGUUCAAUUUUAUUUCAACAAUUCGCUUGCUUGUAGGGGUCUUUAGCAGUGAGAGGAAACCGGAGGACCCGGAGAAAACCGAUGAGUCUGGACAGGCGACCCUACUCCUUGUUACGUACAUGCGGAGAAUUCUGAUCAGAACAAGAAUACCCAAAACAUAAAGGACAAGGGAACACACAGAAUUUUGGAAAUCCAUUAACAGUAAAGGCAGUUAUUCCUUUAUGGCAAAUAUCAAUAACGGUAUUUAAAAUACAGUAUGGGCAACUUGCCAAUUGUACAUUAUCUAUACUAGAUGAAAUAUUGGACUCGCAUGAAGUAUUUCACUGAAAAGCCCGUGCGGAACAGUGUCUGUAUUUUAAGUUGUUUAAUGGUCUCGAGCUCAAGACAUAGCAUAAUAUAUUGAACCAACACUCGGCUAACGCCUCGUGCAGUAUCAAUAUAUUACUUAAUGUCUCGCUCUAGACCAUUAAACCAUUUGUAAUUUAAAGUUUAUUGUUAUAAGUGUACUGUACAUUAUAAUAUUCAAGCUAGUCAAUUCACAACCAUGAUUAUUUAUUGAUUGUAUUCCUAUUCGAUGGUAUUCCUAUCUUUAUAGUAUAUUUGAUGGUAUUCCUAUCUUUAUAGUAUAUUUGAUGGUAUUCCUAUCUUUAUAGUAAAUUUGAUGGUAUUCCUAUCUUUAUUUGUAUAAUUUGAUGGUAUUCCUAUUUUUCUGCUCAAAUGACAUGAUUUGAUUUGCUGGCGGUAGAAUUUAAUGUUUGAACUAAUAGGAAUUAAAUAAUUUAGAAGACAA